AAAAAAGACGUGGGUGUGAAAAAUAAAUAAAAAAUAAAAUCUCGAGAUUCAAGAAAUAAGCACAUAGACCCAGGAUCAAUACUUUAAUGUAUUGUAACGCCGUGGAUGGCGCAAGCAAGUUGUCCACGUAGCAAAUGACGAAGUAACAUGAGUCAAGAUCCACAUCUACUCCAAAGUGUUUGUUCAAUCCUUUGUUUCCAAUUAAUAAUCAACAUUUAAAUAUCUCUCUUUUCUUGUUUGAUGUUUUUUUAAUUAAAAUCUGUUGAGAAAAAGAAAAACAAACAAUUAAUUGAUUUACCUAUAAAGACAACAACAAAAUGUGGAUUUUAAUAAAGCUAAUUGGAAUUAUUGCAAGUGUACAUGGGACAAUGGUAUACAUGCCUUCAAUCAAGGAUCCAUUAAUAUCUGAAUUGAUGCUUCGUGAAAUAAUUGACCGUAUGGGAAGUGAGCUUGUUGAUGCAGCUGAUUCAUAUCUUGAGUAUCAAGAUUCAUCACGUGUCACUGAUGAUUAUGAUAAAGCCAAAGAAGUACCACAAGAAUUACCAAUUGAUUAUGAUGGCAUUGAUACACUUAAUCCAAAUUUAAGUAUACGUGAUCAAGAAUAUUUACAACACAGUACAUUAAAUUCACAUCAAAAAUUAAAUCAAAAUGAUAAUAAACAUAGAAUACAAAUUGCUGGAUAUAAAGGUGUACUUGAAGACAAAACAGAUAAUCAAUUGCCUGCAUAUUGUACACCACCAAAUCCAUGUCCAGUUGGUUAUACAAGUGAAAAUAAUUGUUUAGAAGAAUUUGAAAACACUGCUGGUUUUAGUAGAGAUUAUCAAAGUGCCCAAGAAUGUAUGUGUGAUGCUGAACACAUGAUUGAUUGUCCAACAAAUAUUGAUAAUCAACGUGAGCUAACAAAUGCACAAUCACAAAAUUCUGAAUUUGAAAAAAUCAUUCAAGGCUUUCAAGAAACAAAUCCAUUUUUUAGAGGUGAAAAAUUACCAAUUGCUGCUAAAAAAGGUAUAAAUGUCGUUUCAUAAAAUACUAACAAUCACAUUUUUGGAUUAAUAAUUUAACGCAACAAAAAACAUUUAAAAACAAAGAGCAAAUCAAGUUGACGAAUAAGAAAAUAAGGACAAACUUAUUUACAAAGAAAAAAUAUUAAUAACAAUAAUAAUAAUAUUAAUAAUGUUUAAAAAAAAAACAAAAAAAAACAGUAUUGAUACUUUCUGGUCAUAUUAUUGGAGUACUUUAUUAGAUUAUUAUAAUAAUGGUGCCUGAUAUUUGAUCAGAAAGUUGUAAUAAUAAAGAACCAAAUAUAAGAAAAAGUCUUAAAAAUACAACAAGGAAAGUGUGAUUGAUAUGUUAUCGCGAAAUAUAGUAUAUUUAUUUAUUAAUGUUAAGAAUCAUGAUAUUUUAAUGUAAUAUAUUUCGACAUCUUGUGAAAAUAUUUUUGAUUGAAAAAAAAUUAAAUAUUUCGAUGCUAGUCAUAUCAAGAAAAAUUUAUUGUAAAAUCAUUUUUUUUUUUUUUUUUCGUUUGUUUGUUUUAAAAUAUAAUUACUAUUUAAAUAUAAAAAUUUUACGCAAAAAAAAAGAAGAAAAUAAAUAAAAGUUUAACAAAAAAGAAAAAAAAAUUAAAAUUUGUUAUUUAAUUAUUUAAAGAUAAAAUUUACAAAAUUU